CCAACACCCCGCCCAGCAAACGAAACCAUAGCCACCACCGAACACCCAAGCCCCACCGCCACCAGCAAACCAAGCCAAAGCCAAACUCAACCCUCACCACAUCACCCCACAAAGAAAAAAAAAGAAAAUGCCCUCCCCCCACCUCAAAUACAUGCGCACCUGCCUGGCGCUCGCCGAGAAAUCGCCCGCGCGACCCACCAACUUCCGGGUGGGCGCCCUACUCCUCUCGCGGCACGAAGACGACGCCACGUUGGAGCAGGAAGACCGGCUGCUCGCCACGGGCUACACGAUGGAGCGGGACGGCAACACGCACGCCGAGCAGUGCUGUCUGGCCAACUACGCCGCCACGAAAAGUGUGCCCGCCGAUCAAGUGGCGGCCGUGCUGCCGGACGAGCCGGGCCGGAAGCUGGUUAUGUAUGUCACGAUGGAGCCGUGCGGGCGCCGGCUUUCGGGGAAUAUGCCGUGCGUGGAGCGGAUUAUUCGGACUCGGAUUCAGGCGGAAGGGGCAGGGGAAGGGGAAGGGCAGCAAGGCCGGCGGAGGGGGAUCCAGAAGGUGUAUUUUGGGGUGAAGGAGCCGGGGACGUUUGUGGGGCAGUCGGAGGGGUGUAGGCAGCUGACGGCGGCGGGGAUUGAGUGGGAGGUGGUGCAGGGGCUGGAGAGGGAGAUUUUGACGGUGGCGACGGCGGGGCAUGAGAAUCGUGAGGAGGAGGUGCAGGCGGCGAUGGAGUCGGUCGAGACGAAUAUUGAUGAUAUUAGUGCCGAGGAGCGGAGGAGGCAGGCGCAGGUGCCGAGGAAUCCGAAGAAGAGGGUUAUGGAGGUGGAUUUGUUGGCGUGAUUGAUUUGCUGGCGGUUUGGGGGGUGCUGUAUAUGGACUGAGAUAAUGUGUAUAUAUGCGUGGAUUGCUACGAUGGUUGUCUCUGACAUCUAUCUCUACAAUACUUCUUAAGCCGCUCAAUGUUUACUAUAGACGAGCUUAUCUGG